UUUUUCAGGCUAAAAUCUCCAUUAAUCAUAAAAACCCAUAAACCCCAAGUGAUCAAUUUUGCCAAAUUUCUCUUCUUUCUGGUCGUACGAGAAACUGGCUGUCGUUUUAUUACACCAAAUCCCUCUUCUUCUGUUCUGAGUCAAAAUCUCCAUUAUGCUUUCUUUUCUUCCUCUCCUUUCUCCACCUCCAAAACCCUCUCUUUCUGCUCUUUCUGCUCUCUCUCGGCCGCUGUCAUCAUCUUCUCAACCUCUGCUUCUCACGUCCAAGCCUGCAUCUUUCUCUCUCCGCAUCCGAUCCCUCUUCGCCGCUGCCACCACCACCACCACCUCCACAUCUGGGGUAGACCCAGAUUACGACAUCCAAAUGCCACCCACUAAUUCCAGCCUUCUCAAAAUCGCCAUUAUUGGGUUUGGCAACUACGGCCAAUUCCUCGCCAAGACGCUUGUCUUCCAAGGGCAUACUGUCCUUGCUCACUCUAGAACCGACCACUCCCUUGAAGCUCGUUCCCUUGGCGUGUCCUUCUUCCUCGACCCGCACGACCUCUGCGAGCAACACCCGGAUGUGAUCUUAUUAUGUACAUCUAUAAUUUCAACGGAGAAAGUCCUCAAAUCAUUGCCAUUACAUAGGUUUAAGCGAAACACAUUAUUUGUCGAUGUUUUGUCGGUUAAAGAAUUUGCCAAAAAUCUGUUGCUUGAUGUCUUGCCUAGUGAUUUCGACAUCAUUUGCACCCAUCCCAUGUUUGGUCCAGAAAGCGCCAACCAUGGAUGGGAUGGUCUCUACUUCGUCUAUGAGAAUGUCAGAGUUGGCACCGAUCAAUCAAGAGUUGAUAGAUGUAAAAAUUUUCUUGACAUUUUUGCUAGACAAGGUUGUAGAAUGGUGGAAAUGAGUUGUCAGGACCAUGAUAAGUACGCUGCAGGAUCACAGUUCAUUACGCAUACCGUAGGGAGGGUAUUGGAGAUGUUGAAAUUGGAGUCUACGCCCAUUAAUACAAAAGGUUAUGAGAGUUUGUUGGAUUUGGUCGAGAAUACCGCAGGGGAUAGUUUUGAUUUGUACUAUGGGUUGUUUAUGUACAAUAAGAAUGCGCUUGAAAUGUUGGAAAGAUUGGAUUUGGCUUUUGAGGCUUUAAGGAAGCAGCUUUUUGGAAGGUUACAUGAGGUUGUAAGGAAGCAGUUGUUUGGGAAUGGAGAGAGGAGGCAAACUCGGCAAGGGACUUAUGCUGAUGGGCAUCACAAUGGUGCUGCAUUGGCAUCUGCUUCUAAAGCUGAAAGAUCUCAGAUAGCUGCUCAACCGUAUGAAUACCAGGCUCAGAUCUCCAACUGCAUUGAUGACCGUUCAAAGCUCAAGAUUGCUAUAGUUGGUUUUGGAAAUUUUGGUCAGUUCCUUGCUAAAACCUUAAUUCGGCAGGGCCACACAGUUUUAGCCUAUUCUCGUUCGGACUACUCUGAUGUGGCUCAGAAAUUGGGGGUUUCUUACUUCUCUGAUGGUGAUGAUCUCUGCGAAGAGCAUCCAGAAGUAAUUCUUCUUUGUACUUCUAUUCUUUCAACUGAAAAUGUUCUCAAGUCAUUGCCAGUUCAUAGAUUGAAGAGAAAUACUCUCUUUGUUGAUGUACUGUCAGUUAAAGAGUUUCCUAGGAAUUUGUUUCUUCAACAUUUGCCACCAGAUUUUGAUAUUCUUUGCACACAUCCUAUGUUUGGACCAGAGAGCGGUAAAAAUGGGUGGAAUGGCCUUCCCUUUCUUUUUGAUAAAGUUAGGGUAGGAAGCAGCAAGUCAAGAGUAUCACGGUGUGACCAGUUUCUUGAUGUUUUUGCCAGCGAAGGAUGCAGAAUGGUGGAGAUGUCCUGUGCAGAACAUGAUCGGCAUGCAGCUGGGUCACAGUUUAUUACACACACCAUGGGAAGGGUUCUGGAAAAGUUGGGUUUGGAGUCAACACCAAUUAACACUAAAGGUUAUGAAACUUUGUUAAAUUUGGUGGAAAAUACUGCAGGGGAUAGCUUUGAUCUGUACUAUGGUCUGUUCAUGUACAAUGUAAAUGCAAUGGAGCAGCUAGAGAGGUUGGACUUGGCUUUUGAAUCUUUGAAGAAGCAGCUCUUUGGGCAGUUGCAUGGUGUUCUGCGGAAGCAGUUGUUUGAAAAUGCAGAGAAGUCUCAAGUCUUGAGGGCGGAAACUCCAGUGUAGCGAUGCACUGACAUCUUCUUGGGAGAGGCUUAAUGCUCAAAACAGUUAAGCUCCAUCUUCUUAGUAUUGAUCUCAUUUUGCAGGAAUUUGGUAAAUCCAGCUAAAUGGAUCAACACUGAGGAAAAGAUAUGAUAAAGUGCUCAAACAUUGUAUGUGUUGCUCUAGCCACUGUUUGCAUAAAGUUCAAUUCCUACACCAGUUGUUGGUCAAAUUUUCAUGUGGUUCAAGGGUCUCUCUCUCUCCUCAAUUUUUAUUUUUUAUAGGCCAGAUUUGCUGUAUCUUUUUAUUUAAGUUAGCUUGUGUGGAACUCCAUUUUUUUUAAUGAGAGGAGCUCCAUUAGUGUUGUAAUUUUCAAGUCCCUCAAAGGGGUUUUUCUUGUAGACUUAUUCAUCCCACUUCGAAUGUUUCGAUAGAAUAAUGAUCUUAUUAUUGGUCCGAAGAUUUGAAGUCA